AUGGUUCGUCGCAACUCACUUCUUUCGAUAUGGCAUUCACGAUCCCGUCUUUCCAUUAUAUGCGUAUCAAUUACGGUCUUGUUGACAGCGUUACAUGUGUUUGACUAUGAAGUCGAAGAACGAAAACGAUCGAAUUUGGUGUCGGUGAAUGGCUACAACGAAACGUUCGAAGAGGAUUUAGAUUACGCAGUUGAAACGGUGCAAUAUCUGCACGACAUGCAAAUUGUGUUUGGUGCGAUUAAAGUCGAAAUGAUAACAUAUUUGAACGAUGUCAUAUUCAUUUCAAUGAGAAUGGCAUAUUUACAGCCAAGAGAAGUAAAUGAAUAUUGGAGGUGUCGACUGAAAAAGCCUGAUGUGAUAGUGGAUCGUGGAUGGAUUAAAAACGACGACCUAUAUCUUUAUUCAGCAACUUAUGAUCGUCGCCCGAACUCACUUUAUCCUUUGAAUCAUGCCAUUCAAGUACUUCUAAUGUCAUUUCGUUCAAUCGAAACGAAGCGAACAAUAUUUUGUUGCAUUCGUGAUCUGAGCAAUGGUAAAGCAGCAGUUGUCGAUGGAUAUAUUCGAGAAAUCUGGCAACGUUCAUGGGAUCCUAGAGAUUUAUUUUAUGUGCCCAAUUUGAUCACCUGUCCGCUGCCAUCAAGAAUGCAAGACAGUGAUCAACUAGCAGUUCAACUCACAACUCAAGCAGCUUGUGAUUAUGGCACUUCACCUGCGCUUCGAGUUCGAAAAAACGAAACACCGAAUUCUGGUCGUAAAUUUGUUGCUGUAUGUGUCAAGGGUAUGGACUUCAAAGAGGACAUUUCAAAACGGUUUGUUGAGUGGAUUGAAGCUCAGUACUUGUUGGGAGCCGAUACAGUCACAGUGUACACGUAUUUCGUAUCGCCUGAAACACAAAAAGUGCUCGACUAUUAUGUUAAUAUCGGGAAAUUGACAAUGAUUUCAUUAGAUCUUCCGGGUUACUCUCCAAAUCAAAAUUUCAUUCGAAGCGAAUUCAUUUGGCGAAAUCGACAACAAAAAAGACGUCAUGAAUUGAUUCCGUAUAACGAUUGCUUUUACAGGCAUAUCGAUACGCAUGAGUAUGUUUUGAUUAUUGAUACAGAUGAAGUGAUUGUCCCAAUUAAGAAUGAUAAUUGGAUGGAGAUGCUAAAAGAAGCGAUCGGUAAAACACCCAACUAUGACAUUUCAUCGGUAUCGUUUCUGAACGCUUUCAAAUUCCCUUCGAAACGAAUCGACGCAAACGUGCCCGAGUAUAUGUAUAUGCUACGUAACAGACGUAUGUCACAGAAGAUCAGUGAUCGUGGUGAAUACGGAAAAAGUUUCACGAGGUUANUUACUGACGAAUCGAUUGCGAGUGUUUUCAAUCACUUUGCACUGCAUCGGUUAUUCGCGAAUGUCUCUCGUACAAUCUACGCAAACAAGGAUAUCGCACUGAAGUUACACUACAAGGAGACAUGUCCAAUCGAAUCGAAAAAAGAUUGUGCUAAUCUUCAAAAAGUCACGGUUGAUGACAAAAGUCUCGAUAGAUUUGCUGAUAAACUAAUUAAGCGGGUAACAAAUGUGCUCAAGAAAUUGCACAUGCUCUGA